CGGCGAGUGGGCCAAUAGAUUUGCCGUCCUUGCUCCUGCGCCUCGCAGCUGUUCUCGCCCUACGACGAGGAAGCGGUCGGCUUCAUGGCAGCCGUGGCCGAGGCGGGCGACGCGGGAUUGGUGUCUGCAGCAGCGGCAGCGGGGCUCGGACGAAGGAAAGCCCACAGCAAGGAUAAUCCUCGUAACAGCUGUUAAAAGACGACAAACGAUACAAUUUAAAUACUGAACUAUAUUUUACUGAUCAAGUAAAAUGGAUCCAUGUUCAAUUGGAAAUCAGCUGCAAGCUAGCAGCGAUUGUCAUAAAGCAUACUUUACUUCUCAAACUGGCUUCAAGACUAAGCAAGAUUUAUCAACAACUGAUCUGUUACUUCUUCAGCUUAGAACUGGGAUAACACUUUCAGAGACUCAUACAAUCUGUUUCCAUCACGCUAAAGUUUACCUUGAUAGGUAUGAAGACUUGCAAAAGUCAUGUUGCGAUCCUUUCAAUAUGCACAAAAAGCUCUCCAGGAAAAACUUGCAUGCAAUUGACAUAGAUGAUUCAUCUUUUCUAAGUGCCAAGUUUGGACGUCAAUUUAUACCAGGCUGGAAGCUUUGCCCCAAAUGUACACAGAUAAUAAAUGGAAAUGCAGAGGUUGAGUCUGAAGAUCGUCAACGAAGGAGACUUGAUUCAGACGGGCGUACAACUAAAGCCUUGAAGUUUGCUAAUCCAGGACGGCAUACUGGAUUUCCUCCAGAAGCAGCAAACAAAAGAGAAAAAAGAAAACUACAAAUGAAAAGUACAUCCGUUAAUUCAGACAGGCAAUUAAUAGCAGCAAAGAGCAAGGUAUAUGACGGCCAAGGCUUUCUGCUUUUCAGCGGGAUAGACCUGUGUGACUGCCUUGAUGAAGACUGCCUUGGGUGUUUCUAUGCCUGCUCCAAGUGCGGCUCCCGCAAGUGUGGACCUGAAUGCCGUUGUGAUCGCAAGUGGCUUUAUGAGCAAAUCGAGAUAGAAGGGGGGGAAAUUAUACGUAAUAAGCAUGUGAUAUAGCCUGGGCUCUGCAUUUCAUUGCUGAGCCACAGGAAGGUUGUUCAUAAAAUGUAAUUGGUUCAUAUUUCCAGUUAAGAUUCAGUGUUGUGCAAACAAGCAAUAGGUAAAGGGAAGUUUUAUAUUUGUGUCAUCUGUACAGAAGAAAAAUUAGAAGAUUGUCUUAAGUAUUUUUGAAUUUUUUAACUGACAAGCUAAUAAGUGGGCGUUGGCUGAUACUUAUUGUGUGCUUCAUGUGGUACUUUUUUUUUCUCCAGAUCAUUAUUGUGCCCUUUAUAGGAAAUCUUUUUGAGUAUUUUCUUGUUCUGGACCAUGGUAUUGGUAUUUUCUUGUUCUGGACCAUGGUAUUGAUAUUUUAAGUACUAGCAGCAUAAGCAGUAUUACUUGUGGGAAAUGGGUGACUUGAGAAGGUUGUUGCAUGAUAAACAGAAAACACAGAGGUCAGACUAAGAUUUUCAAGAAGAUGGAAUACCUUUACCUUUUUGCAAACAAAAGUUGCCAUGUGAAGAAGGAAUUAUAUUAUGCCUUCAACAGUAUUUUGCUGCUGGUGGAAAGGAAGUCACCAAAGUUACAGCCUCUGGCAAUAUUUUUUGUUAUGAAUAUCUUGCUUGGAGACUUUAUACCUGAAUCCAUAGAUUGAUGGAGAAUGUGUGGCUGGAAAGUGACAUCCUGUCACCUUAGCUUUAAUAAAUACACAAUGUGUUUGAUGGAAUUAUACAAACAUAAGUAUGAUGAGACAUUUAUGGUCUUUCUAAGUAAUAGGUAAUGCUUGUAAUCUACUCAGAUAAUUAGCCCAUGUACCUCAGGUAAAAUGCCUGUACACUUAGUCUGAUACAGAUAGUGCAUGUUAUAGAAAUGUGAGGUUCAGGAUUUAUCAGAAAAGAUAUUGUUUCUAUUAGAUAUAUUUUUAAAGGCAUGCCAAAUAUCUUUAGAUCUUGUUUUUUAAAAACUGAAAAGGUAGUGUUAUUAAUAUGCAGAUAUUAAUAAAGAAUUGAUUUUCAUCAAAA